AUGGUGACCCCUUUCCUUAUCUGCUUCUGUUCUUCUGAACUCUUGAUUCCUACAGAAAAAGCCAUCCUGGGGAAGCCAGCCUCUAGGGAGCUCCCUUUUGUUUUUCCAAGAUUAACCAGUUCUGCCCUGGGAGUAGCAACAGGCAACUCUUCCAGGAGAAACUCUUCUGGGCUUUUGAUGAGAAAACCAGGGCUUAGAAUGGAGGGGAACUUGCUGGAAGGAGAGAGCCAACAGGAUCAAACCCGGUCCUCUGGCUCCAAGCUAAUGGAGAAGGGGAAAGAAGAAGCCGGGGGAGGCAUGUUUGAUAAAGGGCAGGAUGAGGAAAAGGGUUUUGAAAGUGCACAAGAGAGGCAACAUUUUGACAGAGGACGUUCAGAGGAUUGCCUUCAAGAUCGCUAUAUAAUGAGCUCCCUUUUCCCAACGACCUGUCCAGAAGUGGAACGGAUAGUAAAAGCCAAUGACCGUGAAUAUAAUGAGAAGUUCCUGUACAAAUGCUGCAGGACAUCCGAGCAGACUCUGGGUGCUCCGAUGGCUUGGGCAGUUCUGACAUUAGCAGCUGUGGGCUUUGCUGGCAGGCACAUGCACACUGGGGUGGGUCUGGGUCUGGACUGCUCCCAUAGCUCGCACAGCAAGUCCAGGUGCACAACUACUGUGGUCCUGGUACCUGACUUAAGUGGAACUGCACCUACAGAUCUGUGCUGGUGGCUUUGUGAAUAUAGCUCUGGAGGAACACCAGGGCCAACUGCAUUCCCAUGGCUGAGGUGGAACUGUGUACUUUGUGAGCCUGUAUCACAGGUAACAGGUGACACCAUAGAAUACACUCUCUGGUGGACAGUUCUGGAGGAAGAGGAUAAUCGUAUCCACACAUCCAAGUACAGCAUUCUCACCUUCUUGCCGAUUAAUUUAUUUGAACAGUUCCAAAGAGUGGCAAAUGCAUAUUUCCUUUUCCUCCUGAUUUUGCAGCUGAUUCCGGAAAUUUCCUCCUUGACUUGGUUUACCACCAUUGUACCCUUGGUCCUAGUGGUAACUAUGACAGCUGUCAAAGAUGCCACAGAUGACUAUUUUCGCCACAAGAGUGAUAAUCAGGUGAAUAAUCGGCAAUCUGAAGUGCUCAUCGACAGCAAACUGCAGAAUGAAAAAUGGAUGAACGUCAAAGUGGGAGACAUCAUUAAAUUAGAAAAUAACCAAUUUGUUGCUGCUGAUCUCCUUCUCCUAUCAAGUAGUGAGCCACAUGGUCUCUGUUAUAUUGAAACUGCUGAGCUUGAUGGGGAAACAAACCUUAAAGUGCGCCAGGCGCUCUCAGUUACCUCAGAACUUGGAGCAGAUAUUAGCAGACUUGCGAAGUUUGAUGGGAUUGUUGUGUGUGAGGCACCUAACAACAAGUUAGAUAAAUUCACCGGAGUUCUCUCUUGGAAGGGCAGCAAGCACUCCCUCAACAAUGAGAAGAUAAUCCUGAGGGGCUGUGUCCUGAGAAAUACCAGCUGGUGUUUUGGAAUGGUUAUUUUUGCAGGUCCUGACACUAAACUAAUGCAGAACAGUGGUAAGACAAAGUUUAAGAGGACAAGCAUUGAUAGACUGAUGAAUACUCUAGUCCUAUGGAUUUUUGGGUUUCUGAUAUGCUUGGGAACUAUUCUUGCGAUUGGAAAUUCAAUCUGGGAGAAUCAAGUUGGGGACCAAUUCAGAACCUUCCUCUUUUGGAAUGAACGAGAGAAGAACUCUGUGUUCUCAGGAUUCUUAACAUUCUGGUCAUAUAUUAUUAUCCUUAAUACAGUGGUACCCAUUUCAUUAUAUGUGAGUGUGGAAGUAAUUCGUCUGGGACAUAGUUAUUUUAUAAACUGGGAUCGGAAGAUGUAUUACUCCAGGAAGGCAACACCUGCUGAAGCUCGAACGACCACACUCAACGAGGAACUAGGCCAGAUUGAAUAUGUUUUCUCUGACAAGACGGGUACCCUCACUCAAAACAUCAUGACUUUUAAAAAAUGUUCCAUUAAUGGGAGAAUCUAUGGUGAAGUGCAUGAUGACUGGGGUCAGAAGACUGGCAUGACUAAGAAAAAAGAGACCGUGGGUUUCUCAGUCAGCCCUCAAGCAGACAGAACAUUUCAAUUUUUUGACCACCAUUUGAUGGAAUCCAUUGAACUGGGUGAUCCCAAAGUGCAUGAAUUCCUUAGGUUACUUGCACUCUGCCACACUGUAAUGUCAGAGGAAAAUAGUGCAGGAGAACUGAUUUACCAAGUCCAGUCACCUGAUGAAGGGGCUCUAGUGACUGCUGCAAAAAAUUUGGGGUUCAUCUUUAAGUCUCGGACCCCAGAGACAAUAACAAUAGAAGAAUUGGGAACACUAGUUACUUAUCAAUUGCUUGCCUUUUUGGAUUUCAACAAUUUCCGAAAAAGGAUGUCUGUCAUAGUUCGAAACCCAGAAGGACAGAUAAAGCUUUAUUCCAAAGGAGCAGAUACUAUUCUGUUUGAAAGACUUCAUCCAUCCAAUGAAGACCUUCUGACUUUGACUUCAGACCAUCUCAGUGAAUUUGCAGGAGAAGGCCUUCGAACCUUGGCCAUCGCAUACAGAGAUCUGGAUGACAAGUACUUCAGAGAGUGGCAUAAGAUGCUUGAAGAUGCAAAUACCACCACAGAUGAGAGGGAUGAACGGAUAGCAGGGCUGUAUGAAGAAAUUGAAAGGGAUUUGAUGCUAUUAGGUGCCACUGCUGUAGAAGACAAAUUACAAGACGGUGUGAUUGAAACAGUUACAAGCUUAUCACUAGCCAAUAUUAAGAUCUGGGUCCUAACAGGAGACAAACAAGAAACUGCCAUUAAUAUUGGCUAUGCCUGCAACAUGCUGACUGAUGACAUGAAUGAUGUGUUCAUCAUCGCAGGAAACACAGCUACAGAGGUCAGAGAAGAACUCAGGAAAGCAAAGGAAAAUUUGUUUGGACGAAACAGAAGUUUUUCCAAUGGACAUGUAGUUUUUGAAAAAAAGCAGUCGCUGGAGCUGGACUCAGUUGUAGAAGAAACCGUAACAGGGGAUUAUGCCUUGAUCAUAAAUGGCCACAGUUUGGCCCAUGCCCUAGAAAGUGAUGUCAAGAAUGAUCUUCUAGAACUUGCCUGCAUGUGUAAGACUGUGGUUUGCUGCCGAGUCACCCCUCUCCAGAAAGCCCAAGUAGUAGAGCUUGUGAAGAAGUAUAGAAAUGCUGUCACUUUGGCCAUCGGCGAUGGAGCCAAUGAUGUCAGCAUGAUCAAAAGUGCUCACAUUGGCGUCGGCAUCAGUGGCCAGGAAGGACUGCAGGCAGUCCUAGCCAGCGACUACUCAUUUGCACAGUUCAGAUACCUCCAAAGGCUUCUCCUUGUUCAUGGAAGGUGGUCCUAUGUCCGAAUGUGCAAAUUCUUAUGCUAUUUCUUCUAUAAGAAUUUUGCCUUCACACUUGUGCAUUUCUGGUUUGGUUUCUUCUGUGGUUUCUCAGCUCAGACUGUCUACGACCAGUGGUUCAUUACCCUUUUUAACAUUGUCUACACAUCGCUGCCUGUUUUAGCCAUGGGGAUUUUUGACCAGGAUGUUAGUGACCAGAAUAGCAUGGAUUAUCCCCAGCUCUACAAACCUGGGCAGCUGAAUCUACUUUUUAACAAGCAUGAAUUUUUCAUCUGUAUGGCACAUGGCGUCUAUACAUCAUUAGCCCUUUUCUUCAUCCCUUAUGGGGCCUUUCACAACAUGGCUGGAGAAGAUGGACGGCACACUGCAGACUACCAGUCUUUUGCAGUGACCACGGCCACGUCUCUGGUCAUUGUGGUCAGCGUGCAGAUAGCCUUGGAUACCAGCUAUUGGACUGUCAUUAACCACGUUUUCAUCUGGGGCAGCAUAGCUACUUAUUUCUCCAUUUUAUUUACAAUGCACAGUAAUGGCAUCUUUGGCAUCUUCCCAAACCAGUUUCCAUUUGUUGGAAAUGCACGACAUUCCUUGACCCAGAAGUGCAUCUGGCUUGUUAUUCUCUUAACAACAGUGGCUUCAGUUAUGCCUGUGGUGGCAUUCAGAUUUUUGAAGGUGGAUUUAUUCCCAACUCUGAGUGAUCAGAUCCGCCAGUGGCAGAAGGCUCAAAAGAAGGCAAGGCCCCUGUGUACCCGAAAGCCUCAGACUCGGAGAUCAAGCUCGCGAAGAUCUGGAUAUGCUUUUGCUCACCAAGAGGGCUACGGCGAGCUUAUCACAUCUGGAAAAAACAUGCGAGCUAAAAAUCCACCCCCAAUGUCAGGGUUGGAAAAGACGCUGUAUAAUAGCACUAGCUGGAUUGAAAAUUUAUGUAAGAAAACCACAGACACAGUGAGCAGCUUUAGCCAGGAUAAAACAGUGAAACUGUGA